AAAAAAUGUCGUGUAUUUGCCAGUUCCAUACGCCCGAUGAGCAAAUCCCCAAAGAUCUUGUGACGGUUCCUUUGGCUACAGGUGAUGACAUUCCUCAACUCCCAGGCCCCACAAACGAGGUUGAUAAGGAAUCGUUAGUGCCACUCUCAUACGACAAUGGAGUGUCCGCCUCCGAUCUGUCUGAUUGUAGGGCAGAAAACUGGCUUCUUAAGAAGAAGUUACUGGAGUACGAGGUUACCAUUGAGAAUCUGGAGCAGCUGGUGACAACUAUAGUUGAAAAGCAACAUCAAAUCUUAAGCGAAAUGUUUUACUUGCGCAAGGAGAAUCGGGAACUACAGUCCGAGUGUCAUCUUCAACGCGAGUAUCACUCAAUGGAGAGGAAUGCACUGAUGAGGGAGCUGCAUGACGCUCGGAGCUUAAGCCGAAGCCGAAGUUUUCUGUUGGGAUGUCCUUCUAAUCCGCUUGCAAACUCUGUGUCCUCUAAUACGGAAUAUGAAGAGGACAAUACUUGUGAAUCGGACCAAGGUGAAGAGUGCGAAAACGAUUGCGACAGCAAUGAAGAUCAGGGUUCGGAUGACGAUGAAAAUUACGAAGCGCUGUCGGCACAAAGUACGGGUGAAAGUUCCGCUAGGACAUCACUGUCGCUAUCAGACUCAGUAUCUUGUGACACGGACUCGGAUGAGAAAAGGUCUUGUGAUAACAGAAGCAUUGAGGACACUCCCAUCAGUAAUAGCGACACCGACUGACCUUCAACAUAGUUACCACAGCAUUAAGC